AUGGAGUCAGUGUCGAUGCCCAUACUAGUUGGUGGGCUUGUUGAUUGUGUAGCCCAGUUAAUAAGAAUAGCCGAAGAGCUUUUACAGCUGAUUUCCCAAGAACAAGUUUCUAGUGUAGAACAAAAUGGUAGAGAACAGAGAGAAACAGAUGCAUCUCCUCCUGAUGAAGCUUCACUUCCAGAACUUGCUGAACUCUCAGACUUAGAAUCAGUACUGACAUCAAGAGAAAAUGAAGACCUAAUCCUUGAUAUGGAUCAUGCUAUGCUAGACAUAGAUGACUUAUAUGAAGUGGUACUUUCUGGUAUAAACGAUGACAUAAGAAGCGCAUAA